GCCCACUCUAGUUCCGGCAAUCAUAGCGACGAGACAAGCAGCGCAGCCCAUAAGAUACCACCUUGCGUUUAACAAGAGCUUCGUUGACUUCGUACUUAGACUAAGCUUACUUGCAUUUUCUCUGCCUGAACCAGUUGUUACUCAAAUCUCCAUCGUUUACUUUCAGGCUGAAAACUGUGUUAUUUUAACUUCCACGUUGUCCUUCGCAAGCUCGAUAACUAGCUUCCUUGAACGAGCUCCCCACGUUCGCCAAGCAAUGACCGUCUAGAGCAAUCAUCCAACGACAUACACAUAUACAUAUCUUUCAAGGGAGCCUCUAUUUCUGUGACACGAAACUCGCAAGCGAACGUUGCAAACACCUUCGCCAUGGCGACCCCAAAGUUCAGCUCGAAAUCGCCCACGAUUAGACGAAUACUUCGUGAAGCAGCCGAAAUCUCCAACUCCCCCUCUGCCGAUUACACAGCCGAGCCCCUCGAAUCCGACCUGUUCGAGUGGCACUUCACACUCAAAGGGCCACCCAAUUCAGUCUACAGUAAUGGCAUCUACCAUGGUCGCAUAGUUCUUCCACCCACAUACCCUCUUCGACCGCCUUCUUUCCGCUUCAUGACACCAAGUGGUCGAUUCGAAGCCAACCGUGAGAUUUGUUUGAGUAUCAGUGGUCAUCAUGAGGAGACGUGGCAGCCUGCAUGGGGAGUACGGACAGCUCUUGUAGCGCUCCGAAGUUUUAUGGAGACUGAUGCUCGUGGCCAACUGGGAGGUCUUGAAACAACUGACGCAGUACGUCAACGCCUUGCCAACGAGUCACCGGCAUUCAAAUGCGCAACGUGUGGAAAGACAAACGGCGAGAUCAUCAAGGAAUGCGAAGAGCGAGCAAAGGAAGCAUCGUCAAGUGCACAGGAAGUUGAAAUCCCCAAAGAGUUGAACAUGGGAUGGCGCGAUGAGAUGGGAGCCAAGAAAGAGGGCGAGAGCCAGCCUGAACAGAAAAACGACGACGCCGAGACAGCUCAACUUGCAGAGGGAUUCGUCCAGACCGCACCAGAUGCCGUUACAGCUGCCAACGAUUCUUCGGCCCCUCAACCACCAGCAGAGAACCGAAACCCCACUCCGACCCGAACUACACCUCUCCCCGUCCCGGCGGCUCAAGGACUUGCACCACAGGCUGCGGCACAGGCACAAGCGCAGCAAGCUCGAAGGGCAACGGAUGACGGUGUUCCUCUGUGGCUUGAUCGAACUAUCGUUGUUUUGGUGGUGCUUUUGGUAGCUCUCGUUCUCAAGAUCAUCUUUGCUGUGUGAUUGCGUUUUAUGGGUUUUCAUAUGUUUAUUGUCGGCAUGGCGUAUGGCGUUUUCACAUGGAUCAGUCAGUAGGGGCGAAUUAGAUAUCCGGUCAAUUUGAGUCUGAUGUGACUACCACUCGGCAAUCUGGUACCAGUGAAUUGCCCAAACUCUCUGGAUUAUCGUGGAGGUAAUAUUGACGAUCGUGGGUGUUCAUCUGUGCCAGAGGUUAUUAGGAAAGGGACUGUUUGCCACUACGCAACGAGACGGAAGUGUGUAAGUGCUCACCCACAUCGUAUCAGCCAGCAAUGGAACAUGUGUCUUUGGUCCGCUCGAUUGGGAAGACAACACAAGAUUGGGGUUCGGACUUUGAGAUAGGCCUUAGCUGUGCAUCUGAGGAGAAUUGACAUUUACCAUAGGCUAGGCUAGGCUCGCCUAAAGGUUAAUGUUUCUGCGGUCGAAUGACACAAGUACGGAUGAUUGUGUUUUGGAUGCUCAUGAGCGCAGGUUGAUUGAACCUUGUUUCAACAAAUAUAAAAGCACCAGAUCCCUCCGACUUAAAGUCAAACUACCUAUACAGACACACAAUUUUCUUU